AUGGGGGCGUGCGUGUCGCGGCCCAGCGCGUGCGUGGGCAAGCCCCACACGCCGCGGUCCGGCGACGCCAGCGGCCGCUCGGGCGGCGGGGGCGGGGCGCGGCGGAGGCGCAGCCGCCGCAUAGGGAAGGGGCGGAGGACGGCGCCGUCGCGCGCCGCGUCCAUGGAGACCAUCCAGGAGGCCGACGUGCCCGGCUCGCCGUCCGCCGCUGCCGCCGAUCACCGGACGUACAGCAACCCCGCGUUCCAAGUGCCCGGGAGCAUUGAGGAGGCCUGGUACGAUUCCUUGGCGAUGAGCGAGUCGGAUGCCGAAGACGAUUUCCACAGCGUGCAAGAUGAUGCUUUCUCAUUGAAUGGCUUCGAGAACGAAGCUGCAUUGAGCAUGAGAGACGGCAACGGUGGGAGCUUCAAUGGAGCUGCGCAAUCAGGCGAGCAGCACCAUAAGAAGCCAAAGUCCAGCGAACUGUCAAAGGGAAGCUCGGAGAAUGGUGUGAGGACGUCCAUGAGCCAUGAUGAUGCGGUGGGUGUUUCUGGUGCUGAUAGCACGCACGGUGGAGGUAGGCUACUGGACGAUUGCGGGCUUCUGCCAAAUAAUUGUCUCCCAUGGGCCUCUGCUGUUGGGGUAAACGAGAAGAAGAGAACUCUUUCCUCGAGUCCUACACAUUCAAUGAAGAUGCCUUCUUUGAAGCUUUCCUUCAAGAAGAAGUCAGGGGAAGCUCAUCCAUCUUCCACACUACUAUCUGCGAAGGAUUUCCUGGAUAGGCCUCUAGCAGGUUCUCAAGUACAGUUGUGCUUGCUGGAAACAAAUAUGCUCAACAGUUGGUCUCAUAUUGAUCCCGGUACAUUCCGAGUCCGUGGAGCAAACUAUUUUAGGGAUAAGAAGAAAGAGCUUGCUCCAAAUUAUGCUGCAUAUUAUCCAUUUGGAGUUGAUGUGUACUUAUCACCACAAAAACUCAAUCAUAUAUCUCGAUUUGUCCAACUUCCUGAUAUUCAACUCUCCAGCAAGCUCCCACCUCUUUUGGUGGUCAAUGUACAGGUCCCAUUAUAUCCAGCUUCAUUAUUUCAGAAUGAAACUGACGGGGAAGGGAUGAGCUUUGUUUUGUACUUUAGGCUUUCUGAUGGUUACUCCAAAGAGCUUCCACCUUCAUUCAUUGAUAGUAUUAGAAGGCUGGUUGAUGAUCAUGUAGAGAAGAUAAAAGGAUUUCCAAUGGAAACCACUAUACCAUUCCGAGAGCGGCUGAAGAUACUUGGCCGGGUGGCUAAUCUGGAGGAUCUUCCUUUGAGUGCAGCGGAGAGGAAGUUAAUGCAUGCGUAUAACGAGAAGCCUGUCCUUUCUAGACCACAGCAUGAAUUUUACCUGGGUGAUAACUACUUUGAGAUCGACAUUGACAUGCACAGAUUUAGCUACAUAUCAAGGAAAGGUUUUGAAACAUUUUUGGACAGGCUAAAAGCAUGUGUUCUAGAUGUUGGGCUGACUAUUCAGGGAAAUAAAGCUGAAGAGCUGCCGGAACAGAUCUUAUGUUGUGUUAGGUUGAAUGGGAUAGAUUACACCAAAUAUCAGCCUCUUUUGACUCAGGGUGCCUGA